GGCGGUUACUUUUUUGAAUUUUGAAAUUUAAUCGAUUUGACAGUUGAUUGGACAUGUGUCAGGCGGCGGAUUGGCAGAGAUUUUUAUUUUUAUCUUUAAUACCCUUACUUUACUCUUAUAUUCAUUUUUACAAUUACAAAACUUCAUCAUUUUCCCUUCAAUCAUUCACAGUUUUUCCUCCCUCAGGUUAGUUUUCUUCUCCGUUUUCACUUUUACUUUUUUCGAUCAUGGGUGCCCUUAAGGAUUUAGCGAGGUCAUUUUCUCGGUUGACACAAGAAGAGGUAGACCUGUUUUGCCUUGAAUAUGGUAUCGAUAAACAGUUUAAUCCGACCGCCCCUGCUUGCGAUGCUUCCGUUGACAAACCGAUUCCUGGUUUUAUUGCUUUGUAUUGUCGGCAUUUUGAGUGGUCUAAUCUUCGUUACCCUUUUUCGUUUUUUGUUCUAAAUUUGCUUGAAUAUUAUCGAGUGUCUUUUGGGCAAGUACAUCCGAAAGGAAUGGCUAGGGUUUUGCACUUUGAAGUGCUGUGUCGUGCUUUAGGUUAUGAUCCUUCAUUGUUGCUCUUUCGGAGGUUCUUCCGGUUAGCCAAAAAUGGUGAUUGGUUUACUUUUGAGAACACAAAGGUUGAUACUUGUCUUGUUUCAUCCAUGGUUACAACCCUUGGAUCAUGGAAGAAUACGUUUUUCUGGGUUUCUGAAUCCAUUAUUCCUUUCAAAAUGGUGUGGAGGCAUCCGGAUGCUGUUCUUAACGAUCCGGAGCCUUCCGAGUCUGAAUUGAAUGAUGCCUUUCUUUCAACCAUUCGGGGGUGCCCUUCGAGGGUUCGCCCUUUUCCCGAACAUUUGUUAGUGCUUUUAGGGGUUAGUAAUAUUUGGGCAAAAGUUGAUCGGGAUCCGGUGUUGAUGAGAAAUGGCCUUGUUAUGUCUGCUUUGGACUUCAUCAAGAGUGACGAUACGUCCGAUGUGGUUUUUGAAGAUGCUCCGACUGUUCCGGGUGAAAAUGUUGUUGUGAGGACCUCUGAGCAGAGGUUUGAGGGUUCAGGUUAUGUCAGUGUUGCAAAUGCGAAGGGUUUUACCAAGUCCAAUGUUCCCAAGCCUUCAACUCGCCGGUUAUCUCGUCGUUUACUGAAAGCUGCUCCUCAAUCCACUUCCACUGAGCCAGUGGAUUUGAGUGAUGAUAUCGAGGCUUCUGAGGAUCAGGCUGAAGUGAAGGUUGAGAAGGAGAAGGAAUUAGUUGUGCGUGGUAAGAAGGUUCGAGGAAAGAAGGGUGUUGCUACCCCUGUUCAAGAAUCGUCGAGCAGAGACGUUGAAGGGUUGAACCCUGGGGGCACUUAUGUGCCUACUUGGUUGGUUAAGAAUGAUGACACUUUUAAGGAUGCUGCUGUUUGUGAAGACGCUCUUAGUCAUCUUGCUCCUCCUUCCGUUCAGAAGGAGGCAGCUUGGAAGAAGGAGAUUGAGGACCUGAAGAAGAUGCAUGCCAUUGAGAUGGGUGACCUGAGGAAAAGUUUUGAAGCAAAUUUGUUGAAAUUGAAGGCUGACCGGGAGGCCUUAUCUGUCCAGCAGAAGGCUUUUCGUGAAGAAAAGGAGGGGUUGAAGGCUUCCGUUGGUCAGGUGACUGCGGAUAAUCAGUGGUUGAUCGAGCAUGGGUUUCAGCAGGUUGUGACUUAUCUUUUGCACUCUAAGGAAUUUAACUCUGCCCUUGGUGAUGUUUACACAAAGCUGCUGAACCUGGGGAAGCAUCAAGGCCUUACUGCUGGCUAUAAACUUCAUGAAUCUGGGCAACCUUUGGAGAAAUCACCCAUGUUUCGCCCUGAGGCUUCUGAUGUCUUCAAGGCUUCUGUUGAGCAGAUGGAGAGGCUAACCUACCCCUUUAUUCAUGAGGUAUCCUCUUGUUUUGGUAAGCCUUUGUCUGUUUUACAGGGGUUGAAGCCUGAGGGGUUAAAUGAGAAGGUUUGUGUUGAGGUUUUGGGUUCCUUGUCAAAGAAGAGGUCUUACUCCGGGGACAGUGAUGAUACCCUUUCGAGUCUGCCUGAAACCUCGAAAGAUGCUGGUUUGGAAACCUCUGCAGUUGGUGGUGAAGAAGUUGUGAAGGUGAAGAAGACAAAGAAAGCUAAAAAGUCUAAGGGUGAAGGUUCCAAGCCCUCUGAUAACUGA